ACUAUUCAACUUUCCGGUUGUCAUUUGGUAAAAAGUGCAAUAUUUUUAGGCAACACAAUUUAUUAGCAAAACACAAUGUUUAUGCAUAACAGAAACCUGUGCAGGCUGGCCAGCAACCUGGCCGGCAGUGUUCGCAACAUGAGUGGUCAGCCGCAACCGAAGACUGCAGUUCUCAUGCUCAACAUGGGGGGUCCACAGCACACGGACCAGGUGCACGACUACCUGCUGCGUAUUAUGACGGACCGCGACAUGAUCCAACUGCCCGUCCAGAGCCGCCUAGGACCGUGGAUCGCCCAACGGCGGACGCCUGAGGUGCAGAAGAAGUACAAGGAGAUUGGCGGCGGAUCACCGAUCCUCAAGUGGACGGAGCUGCAGGGCAAACUAAUGUGCGAGAAGCUGGACAAGAUCUCACCGGAGACGGCGCCACACAAGCACUAUGUGGGCUUCCGUUAUGUGAAUCCGCUGACGGAAAACACGCUGGCCGAGAUUGAAAAAGACAAACCAGAGCGCCUUGUCCUGUUCUCGCAGUAUCCACAAUACAGCUGCGCCACCUCCGGUUCCAGCUUCAACUCCAUCUUCACCCAUUACCGCAACACCAACCUGCCCUCUGACAUCAAAUGGAGCAUCAUCGAUCGAUGGGGCACUCAUCCGCUUCUGAUCAAGACCUUUGCCCAGCGCAUCCGCGAUGAAUUGGCCAAGUUCGUUGAGACGAAGCGUAACGAUGUUGUCAUUCUCUUCACUGCCCAUUCCCUGCCCCUGAAAGCCGUCAGUCGGGGCGACGCAUAUCCCUCGGAGAUCGGGGCCAGUGUGCAUAUGGUUAUGCAGGAGCUGGGCCAAACGAAUCCGUACAGCCUUGCCUGGCAGUCUAAGGUGGGACCGCUGCCCUGGCUGGCACCCGCCACCGACGAUGCCAUCAAGGGCUAUGUCAAGCAAGGCCUAAAGAACUUCAUCUUGGUGCCCAUCGCCUUCGUUAACGAGCACAUCGAAACGCUGCAUGAACUGGAUAUUGAGUACUGCGACGAGCUGGCCAAGGAGGUGGGCGUGGAGGAGAUCCGACGUGCGGCAGCCCCCAAUGACCAUCCGCUGUUCAUUGACGCCCUGAGCAACAUUGUGGCGGAUCACCUCAAGUCGGAGCAGGCAGUCAAUCCCAAGUUCCUCAUGCGCUGCCCCAUGUGCACCAAUCCAAAGUGUCGGGAAAGCAAGCGCUGGUAUCAGCAGCUCUGCUCGCAAUAGGAUGGAACAGGCUGCAGUUGUGGUAUGCCUUACGUGACAGGCAUGCCAAAGUAGCUGCAUCGAACAUUUUUGCAUUCAUUUUAAGUUUUUAGGGGAUUGGUUUUUAAGCUGGCUUUGAUUGCUUUAACAUAAAUAAAAGACACUGCGCAACAA